AUGCCUUCGCAGGGAGUGCUGCCUUCGCAAGGGGUGGUGCCUUCGCAAGGAGUGUUGCCUUCGCAAGGAGUGCUGCAUUCACAAGGAGUGCUGCCUCCGCAAGGAGUGCUGCUUUCGCAAGGAGUACUGCCUUUGCAAGGAGUACUGCCUUCGCAAGGAGUGCUGCCUUCACAAGGAGUGCUGCCUUCGCUAGGAGUGCUGUCUUCGCAAGGAGGGCUGCCUUCGAGAGGAGGGCUGCCUUCGCAAGGGGUAAUGCCUUCGCAAGUAGUGCUGCCUUCUCAGGGAGUACUGCCUUUGAACGAGUGCUGCCUUCCAAUGAGUGCUGCCUUCGCAAGGAGUGCUGCCUUCGCAAGGAGUGCUGCCUUCGCAAGGAGUGCUGCCUUCGCAAGGAGUGCUGCCUUCGCAAUGAGGGCUGCCUUUGCAGGGAGUGCUGCCUUCGCAAGGGGUGGUGCCUUCGCAAAGAGUGCUGCCUUCGCAAGGAGUGCUGCCUUCGCAAGGAGUGCUGCCUUCACAAUGAGGGCUGCCUUUGCUGGGAGUGCUGGCUUCACAAGGGGUGGUGAAUCCGCAAGGAUUGCUGCCUUCGCAGGGAGUGCUGCCUUCGCAAGGAGUGGUGCCUAUGCACAUAGUGCUGCCUUCGCACAGGUUGCUCCCUUUGCACGGAGUGCUGCCUUCGCACAGAGUGCAGCCUUCGCAUGGAGUGCUGCUUUUGCUGAGAGUGCUGCCUUCGCAAGGAGUGCAGCCAUCGCAAGGAGUGCUGCCUUCGCAAGGAGUGCUUCCUUCGCAAGGAGUGCUGCCUUCGAAAGGAGUGCUGCCUUCGCAAGGAGUCCUGCCUUCGCAAGGAGUGCUGCCUUCGCCAGGAGUGCUGCCUUCGCCAGGAGUGCUGCCUUCGCUACGAGUGCUGCCUUCGCAAGGGGUGCUGCCUACAAAAGGAGUGCUGCCCUCGUAAGGAGUUCUGCCUUCGCAAGGAGUGCUGCCUUCGCAAGGAAUGCUACCUUCUCACAGAGUGCUGCCUUUGCACAGAAUGCUGCCUUCACAAGGACUGCUGCCUUUGCACAGAUUGCUGCCUUUGCACAGAGUGCUGCCUCCGCAAGGAGUGCUGCCUUUGGAUGGACUGUUGCCUUCGCAAGGAGUGCUGCCUUUGCAAGGAUUGCUGCCUUCGCAAGGAGUGCUGCCUUCGCUAGGAGUGCUGCCUUCGCUAGGAGUGCUGCCUUCGCUAGGAGUGCUGCCUUCGCAGGCAGUGCUGCCUACGCAGGGAGUGCUGCCUUCGCAAGGAGAGCUGCCUUCACAAGGAAUGCUGCCUUUGCAAGGAUUGCUGCCUUCGCAAGGAGUGCUGCCUUCGCUAGGAGUGCUGCCCUUCUAAGGAGAGCUGGCUUCGCAAGGAGUGCUGCCAUCGCUAGGAGUGCUGCUUUCGCAAGGAGGGCUGACUUCGCAGGGAGUGCUGCCGUUGCAAGGAGUGCUGCCUUCGCAAGGAGUGGUGCCUUCGCAAGGAGUGCUGCCUUCGCAGGGAGUGCUGCAUCCGCAAGGAGUGCUGCCUUCGCAAGGUGUGCUGCCUUCGCAAGAAGUGCUGCCUUUGCAAGGAGUGCUACCUUCGCAAGGAGUGCUGCCUUCGCUAGGAGUGCUGCCCUUCUAAGGAGAUCUGGCUUCGCAAGGAGUGCUGCCUUCGCUAGGAGUGCUGCUUUCGCAAGGAGUGCUGCCUUCGCAAGGAAUGCUGCCUUCCCAAGGAGUUCUGCCUUGGGACCGAGUGCUGCCUUCCCUAGGAGUGUUGCCUUCGUACAGAGUGCAGCCUUCACAAGGUGCUGCCUUCGCAAGGUGUGCUGCCUUUGCAAGGAGUACUGCCUUCGCAAGGAGUGCUGCCAUCGCAAGGAGUGCUGCCUUCGCUAG